UAAAAGCAUAACUGAUAUUUUUAUGUUUUACUGCAUAAUUUGGGUUUUAUUAAUAAGGGGUUUGACUGAAUGUGUAUAUGUUUGUGUUUUACUGCACAGCUUGGGUUGUUAAGAUGGAAGAGCUGAAAAAGGUGGAUGUGAAAGCAUGGGAGUGGCUAAUGGGACAUGAUCCUAAAUUAUGGUGCAAGCAUGCAUUUUCAUAUUAUCCUAAGUGUGAUGUAUUAAUGAAUAACAUUUCAGAGGCAUUUAAUGCUACUAUAUUAUUAGCUAGAGAUAAGCCAGUCCUCACAAUGGCAAAGUGGAUUAGAACAUACCUCAUGAAUAGGAUGUCAAAACUUAGGAAUAAGUUAAGUAACUGGCAAGGUGAUAUCAUGCCUAUGCCAAGGAAAAGAUUGAACACUGAGAUUCAGAAAUCUGGAAACUGGAUAGCAACAUGGGGAAUAGGUGAUGAGUUUGAGGUUGAAAUGGUGGGUGGUGGACAUAAGUUUACUGUAAACACUGCAAAUAGGACAUGUAGUUGUAAUUUUUGGGAGUUGGUAGGUAUACCUUGUAGGCAUGCAGUUGCAGCCAUAGGUAAGAGAGAUGGAAGGCCAUAAGACUUUGUCCAUGAGUGUUAUUCUAGAAAGACAUAUGAAGCAUGUUACAACCAUAAUGUGAGUGCCAUUAAUGGGCAAGAUAUGUGGCCUGAGGUGGAAUGUGAGGAGAUGCUUCCACCAAUUUAUAAAAAAGGGCCUGGGAGACCAAAGAAGCUGAGGAGGAGGGAGCCUGGUGAGGCUAGUCAAACACAAGGAAAGUAUAGCAGAGCAAACACAAGCUAUAGAUGCACAACUUGUAACAAAUUUGGCCACAAUGCCAGGGGAUGCAAGAGUCAGACAGUUAACCCUGAAGCACAAAAGAGGAAGAGGAAAGCACCUAAAAAAACAACAAGGCAAGAGCAGAAUGAAGGGCAAUCAGAACAAAGUUAUGGGCUAGCAGAGGGCACAAGCCAGGUUCAAAGUGAAGUUGUAAGUCAAGGUGAAGCAUAAGUUGAAGUUGGUCAAGCACAAGUUUCUCAAAGGCAAGCACAAGCACAACAUUCUCAGGCAACUCAAGUUGAAAGUAGUCAGGGAUCUAUAAGUACUAUGAUGGGUGAGAAAGUUGAGCCAGUCAAGAAGAAGAGAAAACUUGUUAAGGGACUUCCUAAAUUCAACCCACCAAAACAGGUAAACCCUCCAAAACAACCACCCAAACCACCUGUUGCAUUUAUGAGAACAAACCCACUUGCACUAACACAAACACAAACUAUCAUUGAACCAUCUGCAUCAAUAAACACCACAGUUCACACUGGUAGGCGGUCACAAACAAUUGUAGCACCAUCUGCAAAAGUCAACACAUUUGUACAAGCUCACCCAAACACAAUUAACAUUGCUAAGCCUAGUGCAAAGGUCUACACCAAUGUUAAGACUACCAACACAUUUCAAACAACUGUGAAACCAUCUGUUGAUGUGAGUACAACAGUAAACACAUCAACACAUUCAAAAACAUAUGUUAAACCAUAUACCAUUGUGAAAACUAUUAAAAUCUGUUCCACCCAAACCAUCUGUUGCACCAACACAAGCACCAAGACAAGCAAAGUCAGAAGGUAAGAAGCUUGACUUAGGUAAAGUGAGGAGAAGUGGUAGGAAUGUUUAGAGAACUAAUGCUAACAAGAAGGGACCAGGAAAGAAGAUGGAUGACCCAAUUGAUAUAGAUGAUGAUUGUAAUGCUGAUGCUCAGAAGGAGACUGAUCCCCCUGUCAAAGUUGUCCCAGAGGCAAAGCUUGGAUCAUGUCUAGGCCUCCUUAGAGAAGUUGAC